AUGGGUAAGGGUACUCCUUCUUUCGGUAAGCGUCACAACAAGUCUCACACCUUGUGUAACAGAUGCGGCCGUCGCUCGUUCCACAUCCAAAAGAAAACUUGUGCCUCCUGUGGCUACCCAGCUGCUAAGAUGAGAUCUUUCAACUGGGGUGCCAAGGCCAAGAGAAGAAGAACCACCGGUACCGGUAGAAUGGCUUACUUGAAGCUCGUUUCCAGAAGAUUCAAGAACGACUUCCAAACCGGCACUGCCAAGCCUCAAUCCGCUUAA